AUGGUGAAGGUUGGACUGAACGGAUUUGGCCAUAUUGGACGCCUGGUCACCAGAGCUGCUUUUAACUCUGGCAAGGUGGGUGUUGUGGCCAUCAAUGACUCCUUCAUUGGCCUCAACUACAUGGUCUACACGUUCCAGUAUGAUUCCACCCCCGGCAAGUUCCAUGGCACUGUCAAGGCUGAGAAUGGGAAGCUCGUCAUCAAUGCAAAAGCCAAGAGCAAGAUCCCACCAACAUCAAGCUGGCGCUGCGGUGGUGCCAAAAGGGUCAUCAUCUCUGCUCCUUCUGCCUAUGCCCCCAUGUUUGCGAUGGCUGUGAAUUACAAGAAGUACAACUCCCUCAAGAUUGUCAACAACGCUCUCCCCUCUGGGAAGCUGUGGCGUGAUGGCCUUGGGGCUGCCCAGAACAUCAUCCCUGCAUUCACUGGUGCUGCCAAGGCUGUGGGCAAGGUCAUCCCAGAGCUGAAUGGGAAGCUCACAGGCAUGACCUUCUGUGUGCCCACUUCCAAUGUGUCAGUGGUGGAUCUGACCUGCUGCCUGGAGAAAGUGGCUAAAUACAACGACAUCAAGAAGGUGGUGAAGCAGGCAUCAGAUGGUCCCCUCAAAGGCAUCUUGGGCUAUACUGAGGACCACGUUGUGUCCUGUGACUUCAACAGCGACACCCACUCUUCUACCUUUGAUGCUGGGGCUGGUGUCACCCUGAAGAACCACUUUGUGAAGCUCAUUUCCUGCUCUGGGGACAGUUGGGGCUUGGCUCCCUGGUCAUCCUUGCCCACUACCCAACUAGACAGGACUGGUGAGCUGGCACUGGCUGACCCUGAGAGUGGGCUGUACAUCUGA